GAGCCAGUGAUACAAUUUCGUUGUGCAUUUCUGAUCAGGAUAUUGAAAGCGACAAACUGUCGAUUAUAUCAGAAACUGAUAGCGGAGUGGUAGUCUCCGGUAGGAGUUCUCGACCUCCAUCAUUAAUUUGUUCAACAACUGCACAUCCUUUACCUUCCGGUUGUUUCGGUGGACAUCGUCUACCGUCUAUUUUAACACCAUCAACUUCAGGAUGGAUUAUUACUUGUAAGGCAUGCCAUAAACCGACGGUUUUUCCGGAUGAACAAGCUGUUAUGCUAAUGCCUAUCAAUAAUGCUCUUGUUAAUGUUAUCAAAAGAUACAAUUCAGGUAAUCUAUCAUUUCGAGAUAAAAACAGUAGUAGUGAACAAACAUAUAACUGCCAGUUAUGCGAUACCGAGGAACCAGCAAUAGCCAAUGUUUUUUGUGAACAAUGUGACAUUUAUUAUUGUCAAUCAUGCCAAAAUUCGUUACAUCCACCUCGUGGACCUUUGGCUUCACAUAAAUUAGUACCACCAUCUGCAAGAAGAUCACAUCGGACAACAGUCGGUUUACCAAAAGAUUCUAAAUGCUCAAAUCAUCCAUGUGAAAGCAUUUCAAUGUAUUGUAUGAUUUGCCGAUUAGCCGUCUGUUGCCAAUGCUUGCAAGAAACGAAACAUUCCAAUCAUGAUGUGCAAAGCCUUGAUAAAAUUUGCAAAGCACAAAAGAAAUUUAUUGUUCUGACGGCUAAAGAGGACAAUAAGGAACAAUUAUUCGUAUAA